CUUGUCUCGAGCUGUUCCCUUGAGUCCAGUCUCCCUGGCUCCGACCACCACGCAAUUUAUCUCGAGAGCCUACUCAAGCCGCCAAAAUCUGGUCCGCACGCGAAGCGAAUCCAGCAAUUCUUGAAGACUGACGGAACGCACCUUCAAAACCUGCUGCACCUUGCACCCUGGUCCCUGGUGACUGAUGAACCUUGUAUUCACGAUGCCUACGACCUCUGGUUAGAUCUCUUUUCGGCCAUAGAAGCAGAAUGUGUUCCCACAAGGAUGACGACUGGCCGGCAGCGACCAUGGAUCACUCAAGAUAUCAUUCGGCUCUCCCGUAAGAAACGCCAGUUAUUCAAGAAAGCACGUAGGACAAAAAAUCCACUCCACCUCAGCACAGCGCAGCAAGCACAGAAAAGUCUGAAAAAACUAAUCUACUCUGCACACAGGGCCUAUAUGGAGUCGAUUGCAGAGAAAGCCAUCCAUUUCCCAAAGCUUUUUUGGGCCCAUGUAAACAAUCAAAGAAAAUCAUCCUCCCGUCCUGAAUUCUUAGUUAACGGAAGCCAGGUAAUAGAACCCGGGGCUAUAGCGGAACUUUUCAGUGACCACUUCUCAUCGGCUUGGACCGACCCUGGCAACCCCUCACUUCUACCCUCCAACACGCCUCGUUGUAGUUCACCACUUGCAUCGUUCGAUGUGCGGGAAGAAGACGUUGCAGAAGCACUGCAGCGUAUAAACCCAUCUCAGAAGGCUGGACCUGAUGGCGUGCACCCAGCUUUCCUGAAGAUGUGCUCCAACAAACUCAGCCCGAUCCUGGCAAAACUUUUCACGAACUCUCUUCGUGCCGGCUCUGUCCCCCGACAAUGGAAGACUGCCCAAGUCACCCCGAUACACAAGGGAAGCGGGCUGUCCAAGUCACUCGUGUCCUCGUACCGGCCAAUAUCAACUACAUCCAUUGUAUGCAGAACAAUGGAGAGAAUAGUUAACCGACAUUUACUGGAACACAUUGAGCGACACCAGCUGCUUUCCUCGCACCAAUAUGGUUUCCGCCCCGGCCGGAGCUGUGAGCUAGCUCUCGCAACCGCGGUUCACACCAUCAGUAGUUCCUUAGAUGGACGUACACCAUGCGAGCUCGUCCAACUCGACUUCAAGCAGGCCUUCGAUAAAGUUGACCACUCCAUCCUAUUGCAGAGACUCUCCGACAUUGGAUUAUCCGGCAACCUGUUGGACUGGGUAACGUCCUUCCUGCUCGGUCGUACCCAGCACGUAGUCUUCGGCGGGCAGAGGUCUAACACCGCAGAGGUCGUGUCAGGGAUUCCUCAGGGUAGCGUCCUAGGCCCUACCCUCUUUAACAUCUUUAUUGAUGACAUCACCCGGGUCUUAGGUUGUACGCCCCUUCUUUAUGCCGACGACCUCACCCUCGUGCAGCCAAUCCGUCGCCCCCUCGAUCACCAACUACUCCAAGCGGACCUGGACAAUGUUGUCGCCUGGUCGGGAAAAAACAGACUUCCACUGAACUUUGCCAAGUGCACUGUGAUGCAGAUAUCCUCAUCCAGGCAGCAGCGUUCCGCACUCCCCUGCUACAACCUCGACGGAGUGAACAUUUCCAGAACGACCAGCACCAAGUUGUUAGGUGUCAAACUGGACUGUCGACUCAGUUUCGGCACUCACAUUGCCGAAGUGAUCUCCCGAGCUCGAAGGAUGCUGGGUUUUGUUACCCGUGUCUCAAGAGGGGCCGGGUCAAGAACACUGAGGCACCUCUACACUGCACUGGUGCUGCCGCACCUUGAGUACUGUGCCGCAGUCUGGGACCCCCCUCAGGCCACCUUAUCCGCUUCUCUUGAAAGUGUGCAAAGACGUGCCGCGUACACUAUCUUGCGGUGGCAGACCCCUCAUGUCCCCCGGUACCGGGACAUAGCUACGAAUGAUCUGCUGGCACGUGUGGGUUGGAACUCCCUGGCCCUGCGCAGGAAAAUCUCCUCGGUCCGGCUUUUGGCAACCUGCCUCCUGCCAGAGGCUCCCGAGGUUCCUCUUGCUCGGCAGCUGCGGCUGAACCGGAACGGUGGCCUUCAACCACUCUUUGCCCGCACUGACCGGCACCGGAAUACCUUCGUCAUCAGGGCAGUAAAUCUGUGGCGGUCCCUGCCAUCAGAGCUGACAGCGGGCCUGAGCGAGAAAGAAGAUAUAAGACCCAUCUGCAGGGGGGCAAUACCGCACUUGCGGUCCUAAGCAGCACGCAGCCGAGUGUUGUUUUGUUUGUUGUUGUUGUUGUUUUUUUUUUUGUUUUUUUUUUUGUCGCUCAUGUAACUGCGGCACCACAGACCUCCUGGUAUGGGCUCCUCGCCUUUUGUGGUGUCGCAACUCUUUCCGAGUUGAAUAAAUAUUAUUAUUA